AUGGCGUCUAAUAACAAAAUCGUGGUUAUUGGGGGUGGAGUCAUCGGGCUGACGACGGCAUAUCUGCUCUCCAAGGAGAAGUCGAACGAGAUCACUGUUGCAGCUAAACAUAUGCCUGGCGACUAUGAUAUCGAAUAUUGCUCAAUGUGGGCUGGCGCCAAUUUCCUCCCUACAGGCGCAGAGGGUUCCGCGCAUGCUCGAUGGGAGACAAACACUUGGCCUGUCCUUGAGGACUUAGCACUGAACCAUCCAGAGGCUGGCAUUCAUUUCCAAAAGUCUGUUGUAAUAAAUCGAAAGAAGGACGCAGAAUCUUCAACGGGCUUAUGGUUCAAAGAACUGCUUCGUCCGGACCCUUGGUACAAAGACAUUGUUCCUGAUUUCACGCUGACUCCUGACCGCGAUCUUCCAGCUGGAGUGGACAACGAAGCCGCCUUCACUUCAGUCUGCAUGAAUACCCCCGUCUAUCUGGCAUGGCUUGUAUCCAAAUGCCGCAAGAAUGGCGUCAUAUUCAAGCGUGCUACAUUCAAUCAUAUCUUGGACGCCGCAAACGUACAUGCUUCCGGCCAAAAACCAGAUCUUAUCGUCAACUGUACCGGCCUAGGAUCAUUAAAGCUAGGCGGAGUUGAAGAUACUAAGAUGUAUCCUGCUCGUGGCCAGGUCGUCGUCGUGCGGAAUGAUCCCGGCGCCAUGUACUCGUUAUCAGGCUGUGAUGAUGGCGAUGAUGAAGCUUGCUAUAUAAUGAUGAGAGCCGCCGGAGGUGGAACUAUCCUAGGCGGUUCCUACCAGGUGAAUAACUGGGAGAGCCAGCCGGAGCCUAGCCUGGCAGUCCGCAUCAUGAAACGGUGUAUCGCCGUAUGUCCCCAACUUGUUGGCAAGGAUGAAAACGGCAAACGGAGAGGCAUUGAAGGUCUUGAUAUCAUUCGUCAUGGUGUUGGCUUACGACCUCUCAGAGAAGGAGGCACUAGAGUCGAAAAGGACGAGAUCGGUGGCAUUGCAGUGGUGCAUAACUAUGGCCAUGGCGGGUUUGGAUAUCAGACUUCGUUUGGAUGUUGUGCUGAAGUUGCUGCUUUGGUGAAGGAGGCUCUUGCAGAAAGGAAGACAAAAGCUCGACUUUAG